GGUUUACUGCAUGUAGAUACUACUACAGAUUAUUGACCUGUACUUUGUUUUCCUGCAACAUUUAACUUCUUACAACUCUUAUUUACAUUCUGACUUAAUGUUUAUUCCUGAUAUAUACUCCCUUUACGAAGCAAUGAAAGGAGUUUGGUGGAAUUAAGUUUUGCUUUUGUCUGACCCAUCACAAAGAGGAUUCAAAGUCAAUAUGUUGCAACAAAUUUUAAGGGACAUGUACAUUGAUCCUGACCUUCUUGCGGAGCUCAAUGAGGAGCAGAAACAAAUUCUAUUUUAUAAGAUGAGGGAAGAGCAAAUCAGACGUUGGACUGAGUGGGAUAGAAAUCUGGAUAAGGAGGAGUCCAAAAUGAAAAUCAAAGCCAAGUUCCAACACAAUAAUUCAAAACAUAUUGAAUGGCUAAGAGCUACUGAUGGAGAAGUAUGGGUUUGGAUUAUGGGAGAAGCCCAGGGAGAUAAGCAGUAUGAGCAAAUCUGUGAGGAGCUCAUGGCAGAGAGAGCCAGAUAUCAAGCUCAGAAGGAAGCAGAGGAACAAUGGAAGCAGAAAGAAGCAGAAAUUGAAAAGAAGUUUCGAGAUGCCAUGGCCAAAGAAAAAGCAAGAAUUGUUGCUGAAAAAUGGAAAGUUGAGAUUGAGGAUCGUAAAGCAGCAAAAUUACUAGAAAUGAAGUUUCAGGAAGAAUUAAAGAAACGAGAAGAUGAGGAAAGGAGAAGGGGUGAGGAGCAAAUUCGCCAGAGAGAAGAGCAACGUGCAAAAGAGCUCUACUUGAGUCUAAAGAAUGCACAGCUACAAAGUCAACGUAAUGAAAAUGAUGAGCAAGAGUGGCAAGAGCAAUUGCGCAAGUCGAAGGCAGCAGAUGAAGAACGCAAGCACAAAGCUCGAAAGGCAAGGGCUGAAUAUCAUCGUCAAUCUCUGCGAGCCAUUCAGAAAGGAAAGGUUGCUGGACUAAGUAACUUAUUCCAAAAUGCCAACCUCAGCAAUGGGCAAGAAGAAUCAAGUCACAACAACAUUAGUGUAUCACCUGUUAAACUUCGAGUGCCAGUUCAAAAAAUAUGGGAAAGACCAACUCGUCCAAUAUCCAAAGAUGUCAUUGUUCGUUGGUUUAAAGAAGAACAGAUUCCACGACGUGCCGGUUUGGAAAAGGUCACAGGACACAUUGCCCCUUGGUUUCAUGGAAUCAUAAGUCGCGAGUCUGCAGAAAAAUUGCUGAUGAACAUGCCUGAAGGAGCCUUCCUUGUUCGUGUUAGUGAAAAAAUUUGGGGCUAUGCUUUAUCUUAUCGGCAUCAGACUGGCUUCAAGCAUUUCCUUGUUGAUGCUUCAGGAGAUUACUACAGCUUUCUUGGUGUUGACCCAAACAGACAUUCAACUCUUACUGAUCUCAUUGAUUUUCACAAGGAUGAAGUAAUUACAAGUUCAGGAGGAGAGCUUCUGGUGGAGCCAUGUGGACAAGCACAGUCCCCACCUGACUUCAGUAUAUUAUUUGAAUGAGGUCACAGAGAUCAUGCAGCAACGUUCUUGAAUGAUGAUUUUUGGGCAGUGUCAAUGACUUCAGAAACAAAUAUAUAGUUUCUUAGUUUAUUUGUAUGCUUUUAAUAUGAUAGCAUUUUUAUUUAUUGUAGACAUGUGAGAAUUCUUUAAGGACAGAUACUCAACUGCUCUACAUUAAAAAUAUUUCCCUA